GCGCUUUGUUUAGAUCAUUUUUCUGGACCUUACUACUCAUGCGCAGUAAAAGCGGCGAGCUACAUACAAAGCUUAGGAUGGCGGUUUCAGAGAAAUCGACAAAACAGCGUUUAUUAUCCGUUUUAGACGAUCUGGAGGUGCUGUCGAGGGAACUGAUUGAGAUGCUUGCUUUGUCGAGGACGCAAAAACUUCCUCAGCCCGGCGAAGACACUCAGAUUCUUGAACUCCUUGUGCAACGGGACGGGGAGUUCCAGGAACUGAUGAAGGUGGCUCUGGAGCAGGGGAAAGUUCACCAGGAGAUGCAGGUUUUGGAGAAGGAGGUAGAGAAAAGGGACAGCGACAUCCAGCAGCUGCAAAAACAGCUGAAGGAGGCCGAGCACAUACUGGCAACUGCUGUGUAUCAAGCAAAAGAAAAAUUGAAGUCAAUUGAAAAGGCGCGCAAAGGGAGUAUCUCUUCUGAGGAGAUAAUCAAAUACGCUCACAGGAUCAGCGCCAGCAACGCAGUGUGUGCCCCCCUUAACUGGGUUCCAGGUGAUCCACGCAGACCCUAUCCCACUGACCUGGAAAUGCGCAGCGGAAUGCUGGGUCACAUGAGCAACCUGCCCACCAACGGAGUGAAUGGACACCUGCCAGGCGAUGCACUGGCUGCUGGACGACUUCCAGAUGUUCUGACGCCACAGUACCCCUGGCAGUCCAGUGACGUGUCCGUGGGAAUGCUGCCCCCCCACCACAGCAAUGACUUCACGCUGGAGCCCCCCGGCCACAACAAGGAGAAUGAGGACGACGUGGAAGCCAUGUCUACUGACUCGUCCAGUAGCAGCAGUGACUCAGACUGAGGCAUGCCUGGAUCCACACGCACACACUGGCACAGCCCUGUAUCAGUCCUCUUGCGCACACACACACACACACACACACUGUAUCAGUAUCAGUUAUCAGUCAGUAUCAGGCUGUAUCAGUUCUCAGCACACACGCACACACACUGGGAUAAUCCUGUAUUAGUCUUCUGUACACGCGCACACACAGCCCUGUAUCAGUCCUCUGUACGUACACACACACACACAGGCACAGCCUUGUACCAGUGCUGCCUACACAGACAGCACCCCCCCCCCACCCCAGCUGAUAUGUAACUCAAGAUGUUCUGUGGAAACUGCUGAUCCAAAGUCAGUCUUGGGGGUAGUCCGUACACAUCCUGAAUGUUGGUUCCCCCAAUGCGAUCUCCUGUUAACUGGCUUAAUCUUCAGUGACAUAUCUUGGGUAAUAAGACCAGCAACACAAUGCAGCUGUCUUGUGUCUGCUUGAACUUUCAAUCUUCUUUUUAAAUAUGGAGUUUACUCUAUAUUCUGCCACAGCAACUUGGAUAGUUAUAGGAAUUACCCCCACAGUUCCUAGUAACUAUAAUGCACAUGUUCUCAUGUUGCUCCUUCGGAAAAUGAAAUUUGGUGAAGCUGUAUGUUAUAUUUUUCUGUUAAAUGGAAUGGGGAACUUCAGGUUUCGUUCCUAUGAUCUUUGGAAGGGGGGUGGAUGGUGAAUAUGGAUUAUGAAUAUGGUAGAGGUGAUACAAGCAAAAAAACGGAUGCAGAGGUGUGGUAUGGAGGUUGGAUGGCAUUCUCAGGCUCCUUAUGCAUCUCAUCCAGCCUGCUCCUGUCUCAGUCACUGUGCGAAAGUGCACCCAGCUAUCAGCUAUGAGCGAUCUGGCAUUAGGGACACUGACAAAGAAAGACUGCUUGUUUCUCAAAACAAAAAAUGAAAUGCAAAUUACUUUAAUACUUUGGUUUAUUAAUUUAUUUAAUCCAAAGAACCAUCAGGAAUAUAUACAUAAAUUAUGUGCAUCAGUGCAGGUAUUCUGUUUGAUUGUCUGAAAUGUAAAUACUUCUGUAUAUGUUUUCCUACCUUGUAAAUAAAGAAUAAUCUUGACUAAGCUUU